AUGUGUUACAUUGACUUCUACGAAAAAACAAAUAUCCACAUUCACAUGACCAUUUUGGGUGCUUUACUUACCCUUUUAAGCAUUUUUAUGAUUACGCUAGGCAUAGCCCGCUGCCGUGAGGAUGUCUGGGUAGCUGGUAUUCUCGUAGCAAUCGUCGGUGUGCCAAUAUUCAUAUUUGGUUUAUUUAUUUUCUGUACCCUAAACCGUCCCGGACGGAUCCCUGGAUGCGAGCAGGACUUUUCUGUUAGCAAAUUGUCAAUGCCUACGAUUGCAAAUGUUCACUACGGAAGCAGAUUUUUCUACCCAAUUAAAGGGGCUGGUUACGACUACAUGAGUCGGGUGUCUCGGCAACCACAAUCGACAACUUCUGCCGGGAGACCCCUGGAACAAUCUUAUUACCGUAUUUCAAGCCAGAUAUAG